AUGCCCAUGCCUCCCCCUCAGCCACCACCACUCCUCCCCCUCCUCCUCCUCCUCUUUGCCUUCCUCAUCCUCCUACUUCCCGCUCCCUCAGUCUCUGCUACCACCACAAGCACAUCCAAUGCCACCACCACCCAACAAUUUAGGGAAGCCCCUCAAUUCUACAACUCCCCAGACUGCCCUUCCAUCACCCCCCUCCACCACGACGACGUGGACCCCGACGAAUCAGACCAUGACCACAUGAUGAUCUGCUCCUAUCAAGCCGUCCAUGUGGCAAUGACACUCGACACCGCCUACAUCCGCGGUUCCAUGGCCGCCAUCCUCUCCGUCCUCCAACACUCAUCCUGCCCCCAGAACGCCGUCUUCCACUUCGUUGCUUCCGCCACCGCCAACGCCUCCCUACUCCACGACACAAUCUCCUCCUCCUUCCCCUACCUGAAAUUCCGAAUCUACCCCUUCGACGACUCCCACGUCUCCGGCCUCAUCUCCAUCUCCAUCCGCUCCGCCCUCGACUGCCCCCUCAACUACGCCCGCAGCUACCUCGCCGACCUCCUCCCCCUCUGCGUACGACGCGUCGUCUACCUCGACUCCGACCUCAUCCUAGUAGACGACAUUGCCAAGCUCGCCGCCACCCCCCUCGGCCCCUCCUCCGUCCUCGCAGCCCCAGAGUACUGCAACGCCAACUUCACUGCCUAUUUUACCCCUGCCUUCUGGUCCAACCCCUCCCUCUCCCUCACAUUCGCCGACCGCAAGGCCUGCUACUUCAACACCGGCGUUAUGGUCAUCGACCUCGACCGCUGGAGAGGCGGCGAAUACACCACGAAGAUCGAGGAGUGGAUGGAGCUGCAGAAGCGGAUGAGAAUCUACGAGCUCGGCUCGCUACCGCCGUUUCUGCUGGUGUUCGCCGGGAACAUAGCGCCGGUGGAGCAUAGGUGGAACCAGCACGGGCUCGGAGGUGACAACUUCAGAGGACUUUGCAGAGAUCUGCAUCCUGGUUCGGUGAGUUUGUUGCAUUGGAGCGGGAAGGGGAAGCCAUGGGCGAGGCUCGAGGCCAACAGGCCUUGCCCUCUGGAUGCUCUCUGGGCUCCUUACGAUCUCUUGGAAACGCCAUUUGUUUUGGAUUCAUAA